GACUGAGGAGCAACCAUUCCGCAUUUACAAACCACGAGAUCGAUAUGAAGACGACGGGUCCCGUCGUUGUGCUGGACGCUGCCAACAUUGCGACCCUCGUGCGCGGCACCGUGCGCACCGACCGCCUCCAGAGUGCCUUGGAUCAUUUUGACGCGCUCGGCGUGCGCGUCAUUGCCUUUGCGCCCGGCUAUUGGCUCCGGUCCAAGACGUCGACGCCGCGGACGCGGCAGUGCUCUGCUGAGAUGGAAAGCGACCAGCGGGCCGAGAUGGCGCUCGUGCAAGCUCUUGUAGAGGCCGAGAAGAUCGUCCUGACACCGCCUCAGGCACACGAUGACUUCUUCAUGAUCGACUACGCCAUGAAGCACAACGGCUACGUCGUCACGAACGACAUGUUUCGCGAUCACGUGGCCAAAAAGAUGCAAUUUCACGGCCGCGAGCUCACCGAGGCGUGGAUCCGAGCCAACUGCAUCACGUUUACGUUUGUCGGUACAGAGUUUUUGCCCAGCGCCGAGCACAUGCAGCGUCUGGGGGCGGUCACGCCACGGGUCCAGCAGUUGCCUAACUCCACCUCUGGCAACAACACCAGCAAAAACAACACUAUUCCCAAGCCCAGCAAAAACAACACUAUUCCCAAGCCCAUGGUCGCCAAGGAGCCACGAAUUUCCAACAACCGCGCCCACAAGGUCACGCUUCGUGUCGACACGGCGCCGUCGAUCAAGGUGGCUGCGGCCCCCGAGGAAGACAGUGACACGGCCACCGAGACGUUGCGCCGCCCCAAGCCCUGUCCUGCGUCGGCGUCGACCCGCAAGCGAGGCAAGGAGCCAACGCCACGCAGCCACGCGUCACCGUAUGCUGCGGCGACCAAUGCGUACAAGGUACUCGAGGACGACACGUCGUCGUCGUCCGCAAGCGACGACGAUAAGGCACGAGCGGCGACUUCAAUUUCCGCAGACGCAGAGACCUUGGGGUCGAACACGCUUGUGCACGACUGGAUGAUGCUGCAGCGAAUGAUUGCGCAGCAUCAAGAUGUGUCGCCACCGCCAUCCAGUGCGAGCGCACUACCAGAGACGGCGACGCCACCGGCGGCACGUGCAAGGCCCCGGGCAGCUACCAAAACUGGGGUCGUCUACCGCGUGCGUGACCCGCAAACCACGAACGACGAUGGAGUUAGCCCACGGCCAACGCGACGCCGUCGGCCUCGGGGUCCCCCCGGCCGCGCACUCGUGCCGGCGACAAGUGUGUAGAUCAUGCAUCGACGCCAUGGCGACUAGAUAACAGACUAGGACCUAUAAUUUAUUUUGACGAUGUUGUACAUAGAA